CGGCGUUUAUUCAUGAACUAACACAUUGUGUUUGUGCCUAUCUCAGAGUGGUUUUGAUUUCAGUUUAGCAGCGUCUGUAACGGGAGCAAAAUGGAGCCCAUAUUGCUUAUUCACGGCGGAGCUGGAAACAUUCCAGACGCCAGGGUACCCGGGAAAAUAAGUGGUUGCAAACGAUCAUUGAGAAUGGGGUACGACGUUUUGAAAAACGGUGGUACUGCCUUGGAUGCGGUGGAAGCCGCCGUUAGGUAUAUGGAAGAUGAUGAAAAUUUCAACGCCGGGUAUGGCUCGGUAUUGAACUUAGAUGGAGAAGUCGAAAUGGACGCCAGCAUAAUGGUCGGUUCAACUCUAAGCGCAGGUGCUGUAACGGUCGUCAGAGACAUCAAAAAUCCCAUCAGUUUGGCUCGACUUGUUAUGGAGAAGACCCCUCACGUUCUUCUAGCGGGCGCUGGUGCAAACAAGUUUGCCAGCGAAAACGGAGUACCGACGGUCGCGCCCGGUAGUUUAGUGACGCAAGCUGCGCGAGAAGCUUUGGAAAACUUCAAAAAGAAAGGCGGUAAACUCACGGAAAUCGGUCACAAAAAUCCGGGAGAUGUGGGCACCGUAGGCGCCGUGGCUCUGGAUAAAAAUGGAAACUUGGCUGCAGCUACUUCCACAGGCGGUAUAAACGGCAAGAUGGUGGGUAGGAGUAGCGAUACUUGCAUUAUAGGCAGCGGUACUUACGCAGAUGAUGAAGUUGCGGCUAUUUCCACAACAGGCCACGGAGAGACCAUAGCUAAAUUUUGCUUGGCUAGUUCUAUCAUAAGGGAAAUUAUGCACGGUCAAACAGCUCAGGAGGCUACAAAGGAUGUUUUGGAGAAAAUGACGGCUCGCUUAAAAAAUACCGCAGGAGCAAUUACAUUGGAUAAGGAAGGAAAAGUCGGUGUUUUCUUUACCAGCGAAAAAAUGGCUUGGGCUUACAGGAAAACGAACGAAAUUCAUUAUGGAAUUUACCCUGAUCAACAUGAAACUGAAGAGGCUCAAGAUGAUGAGUAGCUUACUUUUGAUAUUUUACACAUACUUUUAAUAGCAAUUAUAUACUAUUUAUCUCAUUUAAUACCUACUUUGUAUUAAAAAUAAGGCAA